UGUCAGAUGAGAAACAUGCAGCCUAGUCAGGAAAAUGACUGACAAAGGUUUAUACGUGUUGAAAGAAAGACAUAAUUGUUAAACAGAAACGAAAUAACUUUACUGGCACAACAUGUCGUCCUAAUUGUGUAGCAUUGUUGUCAUGUGCUGUCUCAGAACAGUGCAUGCAGUGAAGGAGUGAUGUUUGUCAUCUCGUCUCUGAAUCUCAUAAACAUAAUUUUCCAUCGACAUCAAAACGGACUCUUUUAAUUAGUCUGUUCCAAACAUCUCGUCAUAAUGGAGACAGCAUCUACAGACAGUUCCGGGGGAAUAGACAAUGGUGUCAUUGAGAUUAUCCCGAUGGAUGAAUACGACUCGCAGAAGGCAAAGCUACGUUGUUCCAUCCAGUGGAUCCUAAAUAAGGCUUACAAGGAUAGCAGGCCAAAGGAAUUCCAAGAUCCCUUCUACUCCACACCAGAGGGAUCAAUUCAUGUGAAGCCCCGCCUUGCUAACCUGAUGACGACAAGUGAACUGUACUGUCGAGCCUGCUCCAACAUGUUUGGUGAUUCUACUUCACAAUGGAAAGGACACUGGAGUAUAAUACAAGUAUUAAGUAGGAAGGGAAUCUAUGUCGGGGAGAACGACGACACUGAAGUUACAGAAACUAUUCUGAUGAAAAAUGCUCCAUUCCAGAUAAAUGCUCACUUGUCCCUCAUAGACGCUCUGAUGAUGGCAUACAUCAGUGAAGUGGUCAGUGUGGAGCGUGUUGUACAAGCUGUCCGGAAAUAUACAACCUUUAAUGCCUCCAGUGAACUCCCCAAUGAUGUGUAUGAUGGUUUGGUGUUUUGGACGAACAAGAUUUGCUUGUCUGUACAGCUCAUCCUCGACAAAAAGGUCAAAGGUCAGGCCGACCAGAUUAUCCAGGGCGAGUCUCAACAGAAGGUGAGAAUCGUGAGCAGGUCGACACCACGAGAGUCUGUGACAGUCCCUGUACUGGAGGACUUCCUUAGUGAUGUGGGAGACGGAUGCUCUCUAGCCACACUCAUCAGCUUCUACUGUCCAACAGCCCUCAAGUUUGAUGAUAUUUGUUUGAAGUCCAGCAUAGGUAUAGCCGACUCCCUAUACAACCUACAACUAGUGAAGACUUUCUGUGAUAACCACGUUCCGGGCCAGUGUUUUCUGCUGACAUAUGAAGACUUCCUGUACACCGGCGACCGCCUCCGACAGAACCUGUAUGUGAUGCUAGCUGAGUUGUUCUACUGGCUAGAAGUUCAAACGCUAGACUGUGUGGCCAAAUGUCCCGGGGACUCGCUCAGAGGUGAAGUGCCCAGACCUGCCACAGCCAAACUGUUGAGUAGUACUGCUAUAGCCAAUCUCCCCAUCAGUAAUGUCACUAAACAGAGUUUCCAGAAGUCACCGUCUGAUGACAUGGCUAUGACUCCGGGGCCGGGAGUCGCUGUUCCUCCACGGCAGCCCUUACUCCACAAACGACUACAACAGCAGCCUCAUUAUGGCAGCGGUCCAAUAGAGACCGACGUCACACAUGAUGCUCAGUCUAAACAGGAGCCAAAACCAGCACGGCGUUCCCAGUCACUGAGUGGACAGGAGGAAAGAGACACCAUCCAUCAUUCUGUAAUGGCCUGGCAGGACACACAGCAGUCAGUAAGUGACCCUCGACGUCAAAGCCAGCAAAGUACUGGAACCAACAGUCUUCUGGCUAAUGUCAGUAUAGACAGUGAUCUCAACGACAGUUUCUCUGACGACCGCCUCAGUAUGGAUCUAGGCGACCUCAGUGAGAGCAACACACCCCCUCCUACAUUGUCUCAGUCUCAUGAUCUGUCUUCUUCAGCUUCAAAUUUACGAAACCCAGAACACCCAGACUACAUGGAGCUUCAAAGUGUAACGUCUGGAGCCACAACGCUCCGGACAUCCCAGCCUGGGGAUGUGAAUAUAGCAAACGAUGUGCUCCGUUCUAGUGAACGAUCUGGUGAAGCAUCUUAUGAGUCUACUGGCCGAGUUGACCAAGCAGGGUCUGCCAAUCAUUUGGAGCCUCUACUUCCAGCAAAAUUAAGGCCAGCAAAGGAAAAAUCUAAUCAUCAUAGCAAGGAAAUGGAGAGAGGGGAUAGAGAACGUCGAAAACCAACGACACCACCUAAAGGCAACGCACAGACAAGGAGUAGUCUGACUUCUAGUUUUAUAAGUGAUAGUAGUGACAGUUCUUUACGUGAUGUUGUCACUCCGUUAUCUGAAAGUCAGAUAUCUGAUUGUGGUGAGUCUCCGCGUAUCCCUCCAUCCACACAACAACAAAAUUACGCUGCCUUUACUGUACAACCUGACCAGCCUCAGUCGGGACGGCUGUCAGAACAGCCACGGGGAGAUUCAAGGUCAGAGUUUGUGAAAACCAGCUACACGAUAUCUGAUCAAACAUAUACACCAGAAAUGGCUCGUGCAGCCGGAAUACCAGUGGUCAGUGAUAGCAACAGUAAUUCCAUUCUUCAGCGGUGGGGUUCACGAGAAGGCAGUAUUGCCAGUAGUCGAAGCUCGGGUGAUUAUUCCGAUCAUGAAUCCCACAAAAUUCAUUGGGAUCAUAAGGACAGGGAGUCGUCUGAAUCUCGUGCUCCAAAGAAAAUGACAACAUUGACCAAAUCUUCUGGAACGGACAAAUUCAGUUGCAAAACAAACCCUUUUGUGAUAAAAACUCAUACACCUCCUGUGGGAGAUCAAAAGCUGAGUAACACCACAAGUUUUGCAGAGAUUAAACGCAUGAAACAGAAUGUCGGUCAAAUGGACAACUCAGGAUUUGUGUAUAUGAUCAAAGGUCAGGAACCUGUGGAGACCAAGAAAUCGUCACUGCACAAUAGUGCCCAGAGGCCAGACAGGGCUAGACCAGAAAAGAAGACGACAUUUGCUGCUCUUCCAAAUCAGAUGACGUGGCAGCAAACAUCACAACAAUCAGAACCAGUAUCUGCUGCAAGCGAUCGCAGUCAUGUUGAAAACGGUGAAGCAGUAGGGGCAGGAGGGACGGACAUGCUUCAGAUUCGUCUGAAACUGGAAGAAAAACGUAAAAUGAUUGAAAGAAAGAAACAUCGCAUGGAAGCUCAGCAUCAAAAGAUGCGUCAGAGAAUGGGAAAAACUGCAUUCUUACAAGUGAUUCAAAAGCCAAAUGCUGAUAAACCGGAGGAUGUUGUGAAUGGCCGCAUUCCUGAAGUGGAAGGAGUAGGUAACUACAGUAGUCGAACACUUCCAAGGUCAGCCUUUAGUUCAACAGUGGACACUGGUCGUCCAAGGUCACUGGAUCGUGAAACAAGAUCGCUUGAUCGUGACAUUCCUGGAACUAGAACGGUACAACUUGAUCAUCAUGGUCAAGGAGAUGUUUCAAGUGAGCGUGGCCAACAACGCCCAUUUUCCCGUGAGGGUAUUCAACAGACAAUUGAAAAUGUGCGAAAAAAAUGGUUUAGAGACGACGAUGUUCUGAUUCCAUCAUCGUCAGAGACAGAGAUUGAACAUAUAACAGACACCCAAUCAAGACGGAUACCUGCACCGAGUCCCCAUCAUAGGAUGUCGCUGUCAGAUGAGAGGAUGUCCCAAAGCCCUCCCCAAAGGAUGGUUGUAUCUGAAAGUCCUCCACAGAGAGUAGUAGCAUCAGAAAGCCCUCCACGUCCAAUAGAGGGAAGGCGAUCUCAAGAAGGCAGUGCCAAAAAGGAGGAUCCAAAACAAUACAACAGAUCACUUGACAAAUUAAAUCAAAGCCUGGUUGAUCUUCAGGGAGAAAUCAGCCGUCUCAAUUUACAGCAAGAUCAACUUAAGUCCAUGAAAAUGAAUGCUGCAACAGCUGGGUCUGUUCAUGAGCGGACACGUGAACGAUCGUCAGAAUCUCCUCAUAGAGAGCCAAGUGAGCGGACUGCCACACCCCCCAGACAUCAGCCAGAGAUGAAACCUGCCAGUGGACAUACGGUUAAGUCUGAUGUUGAUGGAGCUAUGCAGACACCAGAGAGAUCUGCCCAAGGUAGUACACAGCAUCCUUCAACUCUACAGCAUCAAGGCUAUCCGGCUUCCGCACCACACAGUUCCGAGGCAGUGCUGCCUACGCCAGAACGGCUCAAUAAGGCAGAGAGUGAGUACGGCCAACAUCCAACGUCUCUACAACAGAUGCCCAGCUACCAGCAGCAUCAACAUGGUGGGCUGCCUAUGGGGGUCUACACUUGCCAGAAUCAGUAUGUGAACAUGCCUCAAACUCCUGUGAUGUACUCUGGAUACCACACCCAGCCAGCCCCGCCCUACCCACCGCCACAGCAGUUCCCUCCCACACCUCCCCAUGGUUACCCGCCAUCCCCAGCAUUCCCCCAACAGUUUCCUCAACACAUACCUCCCGGGUCUCAGUUCGGUGUACCUAGUGUAUCUUCUCCUCACUAUGGCAUUGGCAUGCAGCCCUUCCAACCUCCCCCGCCAAUAGCAUCAACGUACACUGUGCCCUCCUAUCCUGGGUACACCAGUAAUGCUAACACCAUACAGAGUAGUGUACCUAGUCACGUUGGGGCCCAGCCAUAUAACCCGACAUCUGUUGCUAACAUUCCAUCUAACAACACAGCUGGUAUCACUGAUGGCCCAGCCCUACUUUCGGACAAUACACCAUCGUCUGGCAAUCCAAACUUGUCCAGAACAGAACAAACACCGCAUUCUCAGUCAGAUUAUCAGCCAAAUGUGGGUGAAAUCAAACCCCAGGAUGAUCACUCGGACGACAGUGGUAGUGUGAACUCUAUGGGACAAAAUGGUGGGUUCUUUGUGUCGUUUGGUGACGGAUCACCAAAGAGAACCAAACCUGCUUUAAAAAAGGAGCGUGGUCGAAAGGACCAACAGCUUCCGCUAACAAAUCAGGACAGUGUGCCAUCUAGUCAGGCCUCCUUAGCUCCACCUGGUGGCCAAACACGUGAUCGUAGUUCAGUGUCGCCUCAGCGUGCCAAAUGGGACAUUCCAUCAACAUCAGCUAACCAGAAUGUAUCGCAGCCAGGGAUAGGUGGACCAGCCAAUGUCCAGCCGGUAGUUCCGACAGAGCCACCUAUUGGAUUUGAAAUUGAACCAGAAAAAGAUUUUCAGGAACAGAUUACUGAUGAUGAAAUGCUGAAGAGAAAAGAAAAACUGAUUCAGAUGCAAAUCAAACGUAAAGAAGAUCAAGAACGCAAGCGAUCCUACAAAGAGAUAGAACUGGCCCGCAAGAAAGAGCAGGAAAGGUUAAAACAGGAAGAGGCCGAGAGGAAGAAACAGGAAGAAAAAGCCAGGCGAGAACUGAUCUUCCGUCAGUACCAGGAUAAGAAACGCCAAGAGCAAGAAGAAGGUGACGAAUACGACCGUCCAGCCCCACGAGCCCGAGAAAAAUCUACUACGAAACCAAGACCGAAGUCCAUGCACGUAGCCAAAACAAAUAUUCAGUCUGGGUCAGAUGAAGGUUUGCACUCUAAUAGCUCACAAGAGGAUCUCUCUGCUCAAGCUUUCACUAUUAGUCCUGGUCAUUCAGGAUCUUCGCGGGGUUAUAGACGUACGCAUGGUUUAGCGCCACCCAGGGGCAAAAUGCGGAAGGCAGUGUCCUGUAACACCUUAAUGACAAGCUCAGCUGAUGGUAAAUCUCUGGCGUAUGGUGGAGUUACUCAUCGCAGACCGGCAAGUCCAGAUUUGUACAACAGAGGUCGCCGGUCUAAGGCCAACACUGAGAGUAGUGAUACAGGCUCUAACACUGGUUCGAAUGCAGGCUCGGACUACGCAGGGCCCAAGCUGUUUGUAAAGCCGAGCUCCAAGUCCAACCGACACAUCAUUAUCAACGCCAUCAGCCAUUGUUGUUUGGCCGGCAGUGUCAAUUCAGAACUGAAGGCCAAGGUUCUAGAGGAGAUGGCCAAGUCCGAUGCUAAACAUUUCAUCAUCUUGUUCCGCGAUCACAGCUGUCAGUAUCGGAGUGUAUAUGAGUACUACCCGGAGACUGAGGACAUCUACAAGAUUCAUGGGAUAGGACCCAAACAGAUCACCAACAAAAUGAUUGAGAAGUUUUACAAGUACAAUUCUGGUUCAAAGGGAUUUUCAGUGAUUUCUUCCACAAAACAUAUAUCUGUGUCUAUAGACGCUGUCGCUAUACAAAGUGCUUUAUGGAAGUUUGGGAAGGCUGCGACGAAAAAGUGAAAACAACAUAUUCUUUAAACUUUUUAAUUAUCAGAUGACAAGCAUUACUUGUGGCAGGCUUUUGACUGUAGAAUCUCUCACUUAGAGAACUUGUGGGAUUUGUUGCUGAUUUUUGUGUUCAUCACUAUAAGUAUUCAGACUAUACAACGGUCUACCUUACACAGACAAGACUAUUGUGUAUAUACUCUUCUGGAAUGCAGGAAUGGAAUUGACGGUUAACACUUCUGGGAAUAUUCUCUAUGGAUGCGAUAUUUUGAUCAAUCUAGGACAGUUUAAGCUGAUAAUCUUUUGGAACAUGCCUGGAAGUUUUUAAGAGUCUUCGAUAUAUAAUUGAUUAAUAUUUCAAUAUUUAAGUUUGAAAUGGAAUAUUAGAUAUUUUACAAUAUGUCUCUAGAUACGUAUACAAAGCAGUAAUUCCAGUGGAUGUCGUGUACUCUCUACUGACUGGUACCCAAGUAAAACUUUUCUAUGUAAUGUUACACUGAACUCUGAAAUUUUCUAACUUCAAAUCAGUGCUAAAAUCAUCAGUUAACAAGUUCAUAUGUAAUUUGUCAAGGAAAUUCCUCAUUAUACUCUAAAUGAAUUAAACGAUAAUUUUUGUUUGGAUCAAAUUAAUAAUCUUCAAUGAUAGUAUCGAUUAACUGUUCAUCAUUUUAGACUGAAGAACCCAGAUAGUGUUUUGACAAAGCAAGGGACCAAAUAUGUACAUGUAUAACAUGGCAUCACCUUCUAUUACAUACUUCAUCACAAUUCUUAUCAUUACAUUCUAUAAACUCAUCUUCGACUGUAGCUGACUUCAGUUUCAAGUUUUUUCCUCUCUUGGUUAAGUUUGUCGGUGAUCAAUAUUAAGGUAAAUAAUUUCUUGUCUCAGUAUAUUUAUACCUAAUUGGAAAAUAGCUUUCAUUAUUUCUAUUUAUUUAUUUAUUUUGGACAAUACCACACUGAAUAGUUGUCGUGUGUCAUAUUGUUUCUGUUUUGCCAGUUCUGACUGGAAACCUUACAUUUUGUCCUAAGUCAUGUUAAAAUGUUUUUCUGAUGUUUUACCAUGAAGGAAGUUUAUAUAUAUUCAAGAAUUCGGAAAUAGUGUUCUAGUUGAUGUAGUAGUUUUUAUUCAGUUUCGACACUGAGAAUUAUUUACAAGUAAAAAAUCUUUGAGAUGUAGUGUGUGAGAAUAGAUUUUUCUCAGUCUAAUAAGAUUUUGUUACAGAAUUUCAAGCCUUGACUGAGAUAAAUUAUCUUGAACACCUACAGGUAACAGAUUCUGUUUCUUAGUACAGGUUACAGAUUCUGUUUCUCAGUACAGGUAACAGAUUCUGUUUCUCUGAACAGAUAACCGAUUCUGUUUCUCUCUUGUUAAAAAUCCAAUAUUGCAUUUAAUUUGUAUUUAAAAUUAGUUGUAUUUAUUUAUAGUCAAGUUGACACAUCACACACAAAAUAUGUGAUAUAAUUGUCUGCAGCAAUUCCUUAAUCUCGUAUCCAGAUAUGUUUUUCUCGCAUCAUUCACAGAUUUGUCUCCAGUCUUACCUGUUCAAGAUUUCUCGGCCAUCCAUCUAUGCUGUGAUAUCUCUGUCAACCCCAGAGUAUGACAGAUUAUACAUUGUUGCAAAUAUAUAAUGACAUCACAGCAAUUACACAAUGACAAUCACUUCAUGUCAACAUGGUAUUGCAUUGUAAUGGUUUUCAAAUAUCUGAACACUGGAUCCUGUGUAAAUAAAAUGAUAUGAUGUGAGAAAAAAAUAAUUAUCCCCGACCUUGAGGACGUGACAGAGAACUCUCCAGCCCUCGGGAUGAUAUUCUUUAUUGUCUAACCCUAGGCAAAGAGCCUCUGGUCAGACAACAAAGAAUAUCGUCCCCCGGGAUGGAGAUUUCUCUAUCACACCCUCAAGGUAGGGGAAGAUUCCAUUAAUCCUAAGUCUGCAUUUGAAAUUAACAUAAUUAUAUAAUUGUUGGUGUUGUCUUUACAAUGACAUUUUAAUGUAAGUUUCUACCAAAGUAAGGAUCCAAAUUGAAGAUAUUUACUGUCUAUGUGCAACAUAUACAUCACUAUUAAGUUUUAUGUUUAUGGUUAAAAGAAAAAAAAUGAUGAAUUCCAUUUUAACCCAGUUUCCUUAGGCUGGUAAUUCUAGGUACAUAUAACCAAUGAGAAAAAAUUACUAUCAACUUAAAUUCAUCAGUCUUGUUGGUCGGGAUGGAAGCACCCAAGGUUCCUUAUGGUGGGUGGAUGUAUGAGUUACCGGAGAAAACUCACAUUGGUGGACAGGUGACAAUCAUACAUUUUCAUGUCGGAUCGGAGAAUCCCAUUAUGGUAUUGUAAUAUUGUAAUAUUCAGUGGUGAAGAAUUAAGAAUCAACAAGACAUCCUACUAGUCCCGGCAGUUUGUUAACAUACUGUGUCUCAGUUUUAUCAAAAUUCAAUAACUAAAAAAAAAAUUCCAUAAUCUCAGUUUUAUCAAUAUUCAAUAACUUAAAAAAAAUUCCAUAAUUCAAAAUUAACCAUAGCAUUACAGAAUCGGAGGAAGGCUCCUUAACUAGGUUUUUUCCUUAAAUUGUGUAAAUGCUUUCUCAUGGAAAAUCUUAAGUUAAUGGAUGUUGGUGAAAUGGGAACAGGAGAAUUAACAUAUUGUCUGUAGGAACAAGUAUCUGCUAUGGUAUUGCACUGAGUCGGCCUGUAAAUGUUCUUGUUAUGCAAAUAAGUCUACAUGUCGCAAAGAUCCUAAUUGUGAUGCUUUUGUGAUGCUGUUAAGUUAAAUUUGUAAUGUGGUGUUAAAUAUAUAUUGUAAAUGCUGUUUGACAGUGCGGAAAAUGGUCGUGGUCACAUGUUCUGAAUUUGAAUUCCUCCAUGUUAAAAUGUUAACCUAUCCAUAUAAAGUGCUGUGAUGUCAUGAGAUGCCAUCUCCUGUUUCCUGGAGCCGAGAGCUUGUAAAAUAAGUUUGAAAGUUGUGCAUGCUAUAUCAGUGUAAAGUGUCAUUGACUAAAAUGAUUCAUUAACAAGUUUGUGGAGAUAUUGUACCGGCAUAUAAAAAUGUUUUAGCAUUUCUGUUUUGCUAAUGUAAUGCAUGUAUAAGAUAUCUAUUACUUGUGUCGGAGGCUGUAGAGUCUGGUGUGUUACCUAUAAACAGAUCAUUUAGCUCUUCCUCUAGUCGAAAACACAAGAGCAAAAACAAAAUAGAUAGAACAUUACAAAACAGAUAGAACAUUUUCUAAUCGAUUACCAGGUCUUCCAGUAGUUAAGGGUAUGUUGUUGACUCUCCGAAAUGAGAUUGACUCUUGGGUUUGAAUUGACUUGUCCGUUAUGCAUGCGUCUUGACACUUCAGAUUUCUGAGAAAUGUUGAUUUGACUUAAAAUGGAAUUGUGUAAAAGUCUGGGGUCAACAUCAUGCUCUCUGAUGUCAAGAUUUUGUUAGAUCAAUAUAUUUCUGAAAAUUAUUGAUAGUAUACUGUUUCUUCUAAGCCCUACGUACAAAUGCUGAUAUUUUAUAUAAAGGAAAUAUAAUAUGGUCCUGACCUAAUUGGUAAAUUAGAAACUGGACCCUGACAAAAGGUAUCUGUCUCAGUAUGAAAGAGUUUAGUGCUUUAUAAUGUACUGUGUAUAAUGUAAAUGUAAAAUUUUACUGAAAAGUGCUACACUUGGAGGUUUGAUUGAUGUACAAUGUACAUUGUAACUCAUGUGAGUAUAAUACUAACUGGACUGUGAUGAUCAGUAUCAACAGCCUCUACAGUUUUCUAGUUAAUUCCUCUGUAUCAAAACUACACAAAGAAUUCCAUUGUAUGUAUAUACACAAGCCCUAUUCUACCAGAAAUAGUUUGCCAGCUAUUUUCUCGAAUUUUCCUGUAACUUAAUACAUUAAAUAUAAGGUUUUACCUUCUAUGCUACCCAAUUAGCUAUUAUACCAUUGCUUUCAAAUUUAACUACCUGAAGGCAUGAUAAUGCUACCUGAAAUAUUAUACCUGUGUUUGCAUCGUUACUCAAAAGCUAUCGUUCUAACUGAAAUAUUCCAUUGAUUUCAGAGUCAUCCAUCAUCAAAUAUCCACCAUUGAUUGUACUACACCCGCUGAUAAAGUGUAAUGUAGCGUAGUGAAGUGAAUCAACGAUAGGUAUCCAAUGUUGAGAGUUAUCAGACUUUAUAAUUCCCGAAAUAUCUUAUCAAAUUUAUCUACCUAAACUAGUGUUUUGAAAGUUACCAAACUAAGGCACACGAGAUACUUGAAAUAUUAUACAUAUGCUUUCAAAUGUAUCUACCUUAAGGCUAUAUGCUACCUAAUUUCUGUUUAAAGAGUUAUUUCCCUUUAAUUGACAUAUUUUAAUGAUAUUGAUUGCACAUGUUUAUAAUUCCAACUUGUGCUUAUUGCCCAUACUAUGGAUCAUAUGUGCACAUCUUUAUGAUGUGCAAAGGUAGAUUUAUUUUGUGUGAAUCUAUAAAAAAGUAUGAAAUGUUGUUUUUAAAUUUUCUUUUAUUUUAAAGGUCAUGAUAAUAUAAUCAUUUAUAAAACAAGUUUCAUUCAUUCCUUUUUUGUGGAACUCUUCAAGAGAGGAGAUACAUAUGUCCAAGUACUGUAGGAUCUAUCUGAACUCUGCUGUAUACUUAAUUUCAUCACAUGGCAUUUAUAACCUCUUGUGUUCAUUCAAAGGAUUUUUUUUUUUUAUUUAUGGGUUUUAUUUCGAGACUGCUUUAUCGACACAUAAGUCAUUAACUAAGGUCAAUGUUAUAGAAAAUUCUAUGUACUUUGUAUAAAAUGUUAAGCCAACCUUUAGCACUGAGGGAAAAUAUAUAUGGAGUGGCCAGAACAACAGGUCAGUUUGUGUGGUACGUACUCAGUCUGGAUUUGCUGUUUGUAUUGCUGGGCUAUCAGAAUCUGAAGUAGAUAUGUUUUUGUUUAUAGAUACAUUUACUCUUAAAUGAUCAUAAAAUUUACUAUUUUGAGAAAUAUUUAGGUGAUGAAUUUGAUGAAAAUUUGGAAGAUAAUCCAUCCAGAACUGUACGAGUAACAGGGAUUCCAGCAUUUUCAGGCAUGCUCUUCAAACAAUUUCACUAGUUUAGAUGUAGAAUAGUCCUAACACCAAAAAAAAUUCACAUCAGUUUAUUUAUUAAUAAAUACACUAAUUUGUAUUAAAUCUGGUAGGUCAGUAACAAUUUAGGACACCAAUAACUAAUUUAAUUAAUACAUUUAUAUUUUACCUGGUCAUAAGCUGGACUGAAAGCGAAUUACCUCCCCUUACUUAUCACAAGAAUAGAAGUGAAACUACAUUUAUUGCGAAAUACUACAUGGGUAUUCACCUGUAAACUUCAUGGAAUAUUACCUGUCCAUGUAAUUUUAUGAAAGACAAUCCAUACCCGAUAUAUUGUGGACAUUAAGUUGGACAGUAAAUAAGGAAUGUUUUCAGUAAUUCUUUCUGUAAAAAAGAUAAAUAAAUAAGUCAUAAAAUGGUAUUUUUAGAUACAAAAUUUGGAAAUGAUACAUACUAAUACACCUCUCUACUAGUAUAUUAGAAUUGAAAUCUUUAAACAAUAGUUUUCUAAUAAAUAACUUUUAGAAAAUCGAUAUUUGCAUUCAUGUAUCAUAACUUUGUAAUUGAUACUUUGUAAAACAUUAAUUAAUUAUAACUAGUCCAAAAGAAAUAUAUUUUGUGUAUUUCUCACGGUUUAGGAAUGAAAGUGCCACAGUAAUAACAACUUAUAUCAUUUAGUCUACCAGUACCUUUAGAAAUUGCCAGAUAUUUCAUUGAUAGUAUUGAUAAUGAUAUGUAAUUAAUGUUUAACUGAUAUUUUGUGAAAGUAUGUUGCUUUAUCUUGCUUCAAAGUACUGAAUGAGUGUUAAAGUUAUAUACAACCUGUCAUCGAUGUACUAUUGUUUUUACUGUUGCUGUCCAUCAGACAUGCCACAAUUUGUCCACAUCUUUCCACUCUAAAAUUAGCUCAAUCACCAAUAGAAAUUAGAAGAAUAAUUAGAAAAGAAUCCAUGUAUUGAAAGUUGUUUUUGAAAUCUAAAACACAUUUUAAGAAAGCAUACAGAAUGCAGAAUUCACAAAUUUGUCCAAAAAAAAUUGUUCAACUGCAUUGAUUGGCAUCAUAAUGGUUGAGGUACAGUUUGCUUUGUAUUUCCAACUUUUUUUUCUGUAAAAGCAAAAAAAAAACCCCAAAAAAAACCAGACUACUGAUCAGAAUUUUUUAGAUUAGCUAUAUCUGUAAUUUCGUAUUUUCGUCAUCAGAAAAUGUUUUUCUUGAAUUACACCGUUUCAAUGUAAUUUUUUCUGAUUUUCUGUGUGUGAUAAUUCUGUAACUGGUCUACAAGUUAAAUCACAGUCUAAGACUACAGAGAGCUCUACUUGACUGAUCUAAAGAGUCUGUUUUUGUUUGGUUCGGUUUAUUGUUCCAGUCAGGGUCGUUUAGGGAUAAGUUCACCUUGUAGUACCUGGCGGCUGAACAACGUACGGGAGGCCUGUCACUUGCUAUUUAGAUCAAUAAGGUUCAAGUGUCGUGCAGAAUGACACAGCCACGACACGAUGGUCUUUGAUCAUAAUUUAUUCCUGUAUCUCAUAGAAUUUUCAGAAAAUGUAUACAAAGUUUCUCCUGUCCUCUACAACAAAACAAAACAAAUCCCUGAGACAUUAAAGAUGGUCCUUGAGGUUUGAUAUAGUAUCUGUUUUUGUAAUAUUGCACAAUCAGAGAAGUUGACAUUUGUAAAUACAGAAACUUUGCCAAUACACAUCCAGUACAUACCCAUUCACACCUUUGAAGGUAUCGGUUAAUUGUAAGUGACUGAGGAACUUCAGUUAAAGUAGAUCUUUAUUAUAAAUCACCUUAAUAUAACCGUUGGAUAGACAUAUCAUCAAAAGCAGUUUCAUAAUAAUGAAGGAGCUGAAAAAAACAUAAACGUUAUUCGAUAAACAAAAGAAAUGACAUUAAUUAAAGGUGUGGACAAAUUGUGUUAUGGAAGUAGUUAUGAAAAAUGUUGAAUUUAUAAAAUUGCCUUAUGUACUGAUCUUCCUCAAGUGACCUGAAUAUGUGCUAUUUUUCCUCAUGCAUAUUCAUAAUUUGUGUGUGUGUCGAUUGUAUGUGUGCUAUUUUUCCUCAUGCAUAUUCAUAAUUUGAAUGUGUCAUUUGUAUGGUAUGUGUGUGUGGUUCGUUUUCAAGUCAAAAUUUCAUUUGUAAACAAAUGUGGGCUUGUUAUUAUACUAUCAUAAUCAAUAUUUAUUGGAAUUCAUGAAUGUUUUCGUUGAAAUACGUAUGCAUGAGACAAUAUUUGAGGUUAAUGAAUUAUAAUGAUUUAUGUAUUGUACAAUGCAUUUUUUCCACAAAUUUAUUUAAGUUUUUGGUCUGUGUUUCCUGUAAUUAAUUGUGACGUAGCUUUUUAUACCUAUGAUAUAAGCUGUCUUCUUCAGCAGUGGCAUGCCAUUUUUAUCUGAACACCCCUUUAACCAAUAAUGAACUGGUCUAUAAACCAGGGUGCUCAUUAUUGUGUACGGGGUUGGUUAUUUCAAUUUGCUUAAAUUAGGUGUGGAAAUAUAUCCUUUGAGCUGCAGCCUUAUAUUAUAUAUGUUUAUAUAUGUAUCCACAAUUUGUGUAAAUUAUAUUAAGAUCCCAUGGGUUGACCUGAGAACUGUGAUGUAUAAGAUUUAGUCAGUCAUAACAAAUUUUUAGUGCUUUGUUUUUGUUCAUCAUACCAUUCUGUAAAAUCACCAUUUAAGUUAUUUAUUUUACUUCGAAGCUGCUCAUCUAUAUAGAAUAUUUGUCAUGUUUGUUUAGUUUAAGUUCAUCAUUUACUGUACUAUGUCACAUAGACAAGAUAAAUUGUAGUUCGACAGUCUAUCUGAUAAAACCUAUAUGUAUUCUCAUUCCUCAUAAAAGUAACUAUUUAUAAACACAAGACAUUUUGAUUUGCAUGUUUAUGUAAAAAUAUGUAUAUGUGUAUUUAUUAAUUAAAGAAGCUCAUCCCAUGCAUAUAUGAUUUUCAAUACAUGUAUUAAAUGUUGAUGUAUUUUAAGUCUUUAGUUGAUAGAAAACUGCCAGAUGCUAUUUAAUAUGAUUUUACAUUUUUUAGGAUCUCAAUUUUAGUUAAUAUAAAUAGUAAUAUUGUUAUUUGAAGGGAGUUAGCCUUAAACCUUCUCCUUGAUCACAGAGGACAGACUCAUUGAUACAAGGCCAUAGAAAUAGUUAAAUUUGUCUAAUCCCUGUGCCCUGUACACCAUGAUCACAGGGGCUGGUUACAGCAGAUAUGAUCUUAUGAUGGAAGUAUAUCGGUAAUCAAUCUGCCGCUGUCUUUUGCAGUUGAGUAAAAAUACAAUUCAACUGUCAUGUUAUAAGCCCACCCUCCCCUUGUUGGAAAUUAUAUAUUUGACCCAGUAUACCCCCAGGACUUGAUAACAGCAUAAACACAGCAUCUGUAUAACAUGUAAGCUCACACCUUAUGUGUCCAGAACCGUAAUUAGUAAAAUGCUGUUACCCCUUUAUAGAUAGCUAGUGUUUAACUUGUUCAGCAGUUUAGAAUUUAAAGUUGUUUUUGUUUCAAUGAUCCCACUACAUAUUUUACACCAUUAUAAAGCUGUUAAAGGAUGUUAUAGGGGCACAUCUGAUCACACAGAUCCAGUAAAAACAGUGUUUUCACUUUAUAGAUGCAGUGUGUUCCCCUCUACUCUCACAGGGGUCUGACUCAUCACUGUAGGAAUAAUAUACAAUAUAUGUACCUGAUAUACUAUUAUAAUUUUUCUACAAAGUCUGACCCCUGUGUUUACUCUCUUAUUUUAGAAUAACAGUUUUGAUUUCACAUCACAUCAAAAGUCAAGAAUGAAAUGCUGCCUUUUCUUUGAAAUCAAUCAUAGAGGUCAAAGUUCAUGAGUGAAAAAAUAAAGCUUGCUUCAUAUGAGGUCAAAGGUCAAGUAUUAGAUGAGGGUUGAUUUUGUAGGUAUGAGAUGUAAAAUUUUGUGGCUGUGUUCUGUGAAUCAUUACAGUAUACAUUCUUGCAAGUUGUUGCUUUAUAAUUGAUGGAUAAAUUAUUAUUAAUAAAAUUUAUCAUGACA